CCAAAAAAGGAAUCACUGUGCGUAGAGCCAAUGUGACCGCCUCUUUUUUUUUCCUUUACUCUUCCUGUUGUUGGCUUUUUUUGAUUCUAGUAUAUCUGUCUAUUCGUAGUUUCUUUGAACAUGGCCGAGGUUGAUAAUGACCAUAUAAGCAGUGAGGAAGACGUUUUCCAACCUGAAUUACCGCUUGUAGAAGACUGCAACCGAGAAUACGUUUACCAGCUCAAUGAGGACGACGUAACCAACGACACGAUCGAAAAAAUGUAUGGCCCCUUCGAUAGUUGGCAACUCGACAGUGGACCUUCUACACCUACACGUCCAUUUAAAAAACUUACAAAGAGCGUACAUGACCAAAAGCUAGAAGAAAUUGAGAAAUUAAAACGAGAUAUUCGAGAAAAAGAAGCACAGCACAAACAGGCUCUGGAAAGACGACAAGCAUUGGAAAAGGAACUCGCUUUAGACAGGCUAAAAGACCUGGAAGAAGCAGAAAAGCAGCAAGAGGCAGACAAACAACAGGCCAAUGAAAUGGUUUCCGAUUUGGAAGUUGUGAAUCUUUUAGAAGAUAAUGAUACAUCAUCUGUACAAGAUACCAAACUUAACUCUAUACAAGAGUUGUCUAUCAAUAGUGAAGACAACACAGACGCAGAAUCUUUUGCUUCUGCAGAAGAUUAUCUUCCUGAAGAUGAUCAAAUGGAAACAUUAGAUCAAGAGAUAAAGCGAUUAGAAGAUCAAUUGCAGCAAGUACGAGAUGAACAAAAACAAAUACAAGUCAAAGUAUUAGCUAUGAAAGUACGCUUAUCAAUCGAAAACAACCGGAAAGAAUUGGUUAAACCCAACAAGAAGUCUGAAGAACCUGCACCAGAAUUAGGCACAAAACGAAGCCCGUCAUCUAAAUCAAGCAACAAGAAAAAGAAGCGGGCUAUUGAAGACACAAUGUCAUCUUACAACUCCUUUUCAACUCCAUUACCAAACUUUGGAUACCAACUACCUUUAUAUUUCAACCAAGCUCAAUCUCGACAACCUUUCUAUCCACAUCCAAAUACUUUCAUGUUCCCUUCUCCGUAUCAUCAUCCAAUUCAGCAUAUGGCAUCGUCUCUACCACCUCCACCUCCACCUUCUGAUUUACCGCCACCUAGCUCUCCUCCCCCUCCUCCCCCACCACCGUUACCAGCACCAUCAUCACACAUAAUAACGCCGCGAUCUAUAUCUACACCCAAUACACCUUAUGCUGCUAUCGCUCAUUGCGAUAGUCAUCGUGUUAAAGCAUAUGAAUCUACAUUAUCGACACUUCGUGAAUUUGAACAAUUAAUCUCUAUGCGUAUAUUUCAUUCAAAUCAAGAAAAUUUCCCACCCGUCAGUCUCUAUAGACCUCCACCGAGACCUCGCCGCUUAAUUACAGUCGAUAAUUACACUAUGACAAUCAACAUGUUCUUCUUGAAUCAAGUAAGUUUCCCUUUUCAGAUCAUGCAACUUACUUAUGAUAAGGAAUCUGACACGGAACAACAAGCACAACAAAAGAAUCAAGAGUUUAUUUUACCUGCAGGCCAGCCAGUACAAGUUGAAUUAACUGAUUUAACUUAUGAGAGUCCACUUUUUAUUAUGCUCUAUCGUAAGGCAGAACAUAAAAAGUUUGAUGAAAAAAUAAUGACUGCUGUCAAUGCCACCAUUUUAUGUAUUCCUCCUGAAAUUGAUUUGAGUACAUUUCAUGUACGCCAUGCGUUCGGAUUGCCUCUUCAUCCUGAGCGAUUGUUGGUUGUCUAUCAGCUUGUCAAGGCGUUCUGUGAAGAUUAUGAAGACAAAGAAUUUCUAGGUGCGCUUAAAUUAGAGUUAUCUAUGUAUGUCAAUGGCCCUUCAAGUGAACAAUUUAAAGAUGAUUUUGAAACAACCAAGAAACAAUUUCCUUUAUCUGUAGAUGUGCAUUGGCAAGGCAUUUUAUCAGAAACUACGUUUGUUGCCCAAUUAGCUCUCAUCAAGUCUCUGCUAAGUGAUAUCUACAAGUCGCAUGGUACAUUUGACUCACUUGAAUCCACUAUAGCUUCUGCUAGAACAGUGGAAGUCUUGACUCGUCUUAUUCGUCUCAAUGGUCUUGGCGAAGUCUUGAAAAUGAUGACAGGCAAUGAUAAUUUUACCAUCGCUACUGACACAUAUUCUACUUUUUCAUUGACAGAUACGCCUGGUCUUUAUUUGCUUCACAACGAUAGAUAUUACAUGUGGACAUUGAUUUUGUAUUAUUAUGUAAUGCAUUCUUUACCUCAAGGUGUCUGCGAGACUUGGAUGAACACACUUGUCAAAGAAGGCAAUCCUCAAAUGACAAAGCCUCUUUUCAUGAUUGAUUGGACAGAAGCACUUAAGAACGAUCCUCUUGAUAAAUCUACCUUAUUUGGUUCAAUCAACAUCCUGCUCUCUAUGUGGAACCAUUUCGCUCAAUUAGCAUGCAGUGAUACUCGUAAAAAGCCCUUAUUGAUAGGUGCCUUGCGUACUUUGGUGACUCUUUUGAUCCAUACUGCGCAAUACAAGAUACCAGGCACAUUGUUAUUGGUCAACAAACUGGCUCAAAUUAAACUAUUGGAACCCGAAUUACGAGAGAUUGAGAUUAAUCUAGAAAACAAACGUCAUGAAGAUCCAAAGAGCUUGAUUCACUCUCUAUCAACAAUAGAUCUACCUAGGCCACAGUUACUCGCUUUAGCCUAUCGAUGUGUGUGUCUUUUUAGUGAACGUGUGUCUCAUACCGUAGGCUAUUACACAUAUAUCGCAUGUAUUCUAUCACUUCCUUUAGCUAAAGUCAAGACAGACAAAGAUGCUCUCUUGAUGUUUGUCGAUACCAACAAUGCAGAACAAAUCCAAGAUGAACAUCGCAUCAAACUCAUGUAUUCUUUAAUUGACCAAUACAAAAAUUUAGUAGGUUUGACAGACGCAGACCCAAAGACAGAGAAAGAAACUUCCUUCGCUUGGAUUAAUUUGCUGUCACUUAUAAAAGUAUUGAAGACAAUCCAGCCAGACAAGCGAGAAGAAUUACAUGAGGAAAUGAAGACUGUUUUCGAUAAAGGAUUCUCUCUUAUUCAGGAACAAGAUGGAAGACUUUUAUUCUUUAAAUAUGCUACUGCUCUGCUUACAGAAAAUCAAUAAAUAAGUUCAUGUUGU